GUGGCGGGGCUGCUGCCUGUGAGUGACACACAAUGAGGCGAGCGGCGGCGGCGGGGCCGUGAGGGGCCGCGACCGAGGAGGCGGCGGCGGCGGCCGAGGCGGCGGGGAGGGGGGUGGGGGGGGACGGAGAGCGGCCUCGCUCGGAGAGGAGGUUAGAGACCCGGGGGGAAGAGACACCCCCCACGCCGACCGGCCAGCGGGAUCGCCGCGGCGGGAGCGAACGAGCGAGCGGGGCCCGCGGCGCUGCGCCCAGCCAUGGACAAUCAGUGCACGGUUCAAGUAAAACUGGAGCUGGGGCACCGAGCCCAACUGCGGAAGAAGCCCACCACCGAGGGCUUCACUCAUGACUGGAUGGUGUUUGUCCGUGGCCCGGAGCAGUGCGACAUCCAGCACUUUGUGGAACGCGUGGUCUUUCGGCUCCAUGAGAGCUUCCCCAAACCCAAGCGAGUGUGCAAGGAGCCCCCUUACAAAGUGGAGGAGUCUGGCUACGCAGGCUUCAUUAUGCCCAUUGAAGUGUACUUCAAAAAUAAGGAGGAGCCGAAAAAAGUUUGUUUCACGUACGACCUGUUCUUAAAUUUGGAGGGAAAUCCACCUGUGAACCACCUUCGCUGUGAGAAGCUGACUUUCAACAACCCCACCAAGGAAUUCAGACGCAAGCUCAUUAGGGCUGGAGGGGUAAUGGUGAUGCCAGAAGGAGCAGAAACUGUUUCAAGGCCAAGUCCUGAUUAUCCGAUGUUACCCACGAUACCACUCUCUGCCUUCUCUGAUCCCAAGAAGACCAAACCAUCCCAUGGAUCAAAGGAUGCAAACAAGGAAAGUAGCAAGGCAUCCAAGCCACACAAAGUAACCAAGGAGCACAGAGAGAGGCCAAGAAAAGACUCUGAAAGCAAAAACUCCUCCAAAGACCUUGAAAGAGAACAAAACAAGCCUUUGAAGGACUCCUCCAGAAAACCGACUGAGAACAAACUGCCUAAGGAGGAGAAGGCGCCUCCAAAAGCUGCUUUCAAGGAACCAAAACUGGCCGUGAAGGAGACCAAACUGGAGAACACUUCUCCAAAGGGUGGGCCACAGCCGGAAUUAAAGUCUUCCAGCAAGAGGCCCUCUAAUGUCGAGUCACCAAAGCCUAGUGCCAAAAAACAGAAAAAGAGUAGCUCCAAAGGGGUAAAGAAUAUCCUAGGGACAUCUCCCAGAACCUCGUCUUCCUCAUAUCCAGAGAAGAAACAAACCAAGGAGAAGAUGAAUGCCAAAGUGGAAAAGGUAAAAUCUGAAAGUGAGGCCAAGGAGAUCAAAAAGCCUGUGGAAAUGGAGGAGUCGAAUUCAGAGGAUGAAACUUCUUUCAAGUCAGAGUCUGUCCAGUCCAGCCCUUCCAACUCCAGCUCCAGCUCCGAUUCCAGCUCUGACUCUGAUUUCGAGCCAUCUCAGAACCACAGUCAAGGCCCGUUGCGCUCCAUGGUGGAAGAUCUGCAGUCAGAGGAGUCAGAUGAUGAUGACAGCUCCUCUGGAGAAGAGGCAGCAGUCAAAGCAAACCCAGUCAGCCGGGAUUCCAGACUGAGCCUUAGUGACAGCGACAGUGAUAACAGCGCAGAUUCCUGCCUGCCGAGUCGAGAGCCACCUCCUGGUCAGAAACUGCCCCCUGCAAAUAAUAAGGCAUCUGGAAGAAAAAGCCCAGAGUCUUGUAACAAGCCAGAGAAGAUCCUGAAGAAGGGCACAUACGAUAAGGCCUACACUGAUGAAUUAGUGGAGCUUCACAGGCGACUAAUGGCACUACGAGAGCGCAAUGUGCUACAGCAGAUUGUAAAUCUCAUUGAGGAAACUGGGCAUUUUAACGUUACCAACACAACCUUUGACUUUGACCUCUUCUCCUUGGAUGAGACGACCGUCCGCAAGCUGCAGAGCUACUUGGAAGCGGUAGCGACAUGACGCUUGGCCUUGGAAGCAGCUGCUUUUGAAACCAGAGAUCCCCUUGAUUGGUACCAGGAAACGAACCCAUGGAACUAGGCCUUCUUAUUCUCCUGAUUCACCCGAAGCACUGCCUUAGAGAACAGCCAUGCUCUAUGAAUGCACAGCCAGCUGCACUUUCUUGUAGGCUUCAAACAAGCACCCGUAUUGCUGAGUCUGUCCUCCCUGGCUUCCUAUGUACGCUUGGGCGCAGAUCCCGAGUAGAGCAGAAGACGUGCUGCACUUAACCGCCCGGCACGACCUUUUUGGUUCUACUUCAAGCAACUGUGUUUGAAGAGCACGUUUUCAGGCGUCUCUGAGGUCUGAAGAAGUGUGGAUGAUGUUUUCUUCACCAAAUCUAGGGACCAUCUGCCUGCGGAGAGCUCCAGCGAGUCCCGUUGCCUCCAGCUCUGCGAGGAAGCGUUGAUGCUGUGUAAGUAAGAUUGGCUUUUACAAAGCUUAACCCGAGAGCCUGACGCCAGAGGUGGGUCCCGCUGCUCUGCUGCAGAGGAGAUGGACAGAUCCCAGUUGUGAUCACUUGCAAGCUCGUUGUGGCGCGGUUCGGUGCAGAGCACUGCUGUAACGUGGCUCCUGAUCUCUCCAGGGCAUCGUUCCACGGGCAGGACCUUCAGCUUCCUGCAGAGACAGUUCGUGCUCUUUGAAGAGGCCUCUAGAAUCUGCUGUCUCCCGCUGGGGUUUGGAGAUGUCUUGUUUUGUUGAUCUGAGCUCCUAAACAAAGUCUCACUCCUUUCAGUCUGCUUUAACUGUAAUAGGACUACAAAACUGUAAGCUGUAUAUUUUAUAUAUAUAUUAUAUAUAUGUAUGUACUGUAUGUAUAAGAAGGGCCUAGUUGGGUCUUAUGAUCUUAACGGUGUGUUUUUCUGUUCUGUUUUCUAAAGGCUCUGGCAGGGGAAGGGCGCUUAAUAACAUUUGACUUGUUUGUUAAAAUGCCUCUUGUGGACAAUUUCUAGUGUGUGGAAGCCCAGCAGCAAUCUUGGAAGCAUUCAGUGCUUCGGAAGGGGCUCACCUCUCGUCUCCUCACUUGUCAGUGUUUAAAUAACUUUGCCAAAAGACGUGAUUGGUUUCGUUCUUAUGUUCUCAAAGAGGAAUCUCCUACAGUGGCCCCUAUAGUAGUGGCUGUACUUUGGGAAAACCAAAACAAGGGAGAAUUUUAUCUUUGGACACAGCUGGAAAACGCUGACGUAGGAAAUGAGUGAAGUUGGGUUUGUUUCCUCCUCCCUCUCCCGCCCUGCUGCCUGUUCAGGAAACAGUAAACACUAAUCCCAGACCUCUCCUAUAUUUCUAGUUAAACUAGUGUUGGCCUCCAAGUGUUGUCUAGGUGGGUGUGCGGAAAGUCCUGGAGCUUUCAUCAAACCUGUAUUACAUUCCCGCUCCCAAAACUCAGUAUUUUCUUGAAGAAUUGCUCAGUUUUCCCCAUCAGUGUCUAAGCUGUUGCCAAAUAUGAGGUGGGCUGUGGGUGCGAGGAGGAGCGCGGCGUUCCCGAGGAUCCCUCUGCUCCGAGGGGUCCCCCCAGCUCUGUGACAGCCCCACGGGGGAGCUGGGGGGCUGCAUCACGCCAGGGUCUGCUGUGUCCCUUCUCCAUCCUCAAAUCCAGUCCCUUGUUUUGGGUUCCCCCUUUCUUUAUCAUGGAAAUGUUGCAACUAAUCAACUGAAGUGGCAAUAUGAUGAUAAGCUUGUUUGAGUUGGGUCAUGUUGACCCGAUUCCCAUUAAUUUUGUCUUUGUACCAUCUUUCAUGUGUCUCGUGUGUGUGUGUGUGUGUGUGUGUAUAUAUAUAUAUAUAUAUAUAAAAAAGAAUCAAGCUCAUGCCAGGUGCAAACCCUGUCACGACAGUGAUCUCAGCUGUUUUCUUUCUUGAUGGACAAUGCCAAGCCUGGAGCGAACCCCUGCGCGCAAGCGGCCGCUGGGAAGGCAGGAGGAGGAGCUGCGGUUCUGGCUCGGUGGCAGUGGGACGCGCCGCGGUGCAGGACGGCAGAGGCAGCCCACGAGGGUCCCCCGCUCACCAGGGGCUGUGUUCGCUGCGGUGGGUACGUGUGAACCGCUCACGGGGCUCCCUUGGCUCUGUGGUGUGGAGGAGGCGAGCCCCGGGCGGUCGCUGUGGACCCAGCAGGGCCUCCUGUGCCCGCUGCCCCCGGGGAAGGGGACGGCGGCAUCGCCCUGUCCCCGAGGUGCAGCGGUGGCAGCCGGCCUGAGCUCUCCCGAGGUCUUUCCCUCCUUUCUGUGCCCAGGGAACGUGCCCCCGUGGCGCCUGGCAGCACUUGGUGGCCUCUGGGGUUACCCACAAAGGUGUGGAGGUGCCACCUCCCGCCUGCCCUUUCUCCUGUGAAGAUGCAGAUGGGCCGCGCUGCUCCCAGCCCGUCCAUGAACACGCAUGGGAGGGUGUUCCUGAACGCGGCUGGAAGCUCCCGGGGCUCCUGCCCCACUGCUCUGGCAUCGUCCUGUCCUGGAACCGACUUUAGUCGUGAAGUCCGAUGAGCGUUGAUAGGAAUUUUGUUUGGUUUUUAUAAGAAGUAUUUUACACAUGGAUUUUUUUAGACUGUUUAUAAUCUCCUUGAAAACCUGAAAUAGGAUUGUUCUCCCCUUCGCCCCCCCUUCCCCCCCGCAAUAGUUCUUUUCCAUUGUGUGCACAUGCUGAUUUGUUACUAAAAGGUUUCUUGCAAGUACUUAGUUGUUCUACAGAGUUGUUGUUUUUUGGGGUAUGUGGUAGCGUCGGGGACCACAGGAGGAGAUGACUCUGCAAACAAGGAACGGUCACAUUUGGGCCUCAUCUUGUGUCCCCUUCUAGUUGGGUCUGAGCGAGUUCCCUGUGUAGGUUCUCUGUAGGCUGGCUGGCCGCUGUUCUGAACAUGCCGUGUACAGGUAUUUGUGGAUAAAGUGUUUGUUCUUGUGUCACUCUUGAGAGCAUGGAUGGAGUAUUGUACUAUAGGAAGGAGGUGGCAGUGCUGCCCUCAGCAUUGCUUCAGGUCUUCGAGGAUGUUGUAGUAGCGUUGUUAAAAUGGGAAAAAAAAGAGAAAAAAAAAUAGAAAAAAAAAAAAAGGAAAAAAAGGAAAAAAAGACUAAAAUAGCCAAAAUUGACUUGUAGCCAUAAUGGUUUUCCAAGGAAAAUGAACUCUGUUACUUCCCAGUGUCCUUCGUCUCGUUAUUGAAGGCACGAGCUGGUGCCGGUUGGGCUGAAGGCUUUCAGAGCAGUUGGAGAGGUGGUGGAGCUGAGGUCAGGACGCGGCUCUUCAGCUCUCCCUUGGUGUGAAAGGGCAGAAGAGGGGUCAGGGCAUGUUCCUGGUGUCUUGGUCUGCGCGUGUGUUGAGCCCUGAGGCUUUGGUUACUGACGUGAUGGAUUGCAGCGGCCGAGCGGUGCCCAUGGAUCCAUGGAAGUGCAAUCAGUGCUUUGGCCACCAGUUCUUCUGUUGCCGCGCGCGGUGGUAGCAUCAGGACCAGCAAAGCGAUUGAUGCCACAAUCCAGAAGCGGUUUUUUUGUCCCAUCUUGAAUGGAUUUGAUGGCAGGAGAGGUUUAAACUUCCCUUUUGGAGCUUGCCACCAGCAGAGAGCCGGGUCGCUGGUUCCGUGUUACUUCUAAAGCCCGGGAUCGAUGGGUCCUGGUUUGCUGGGGCAGUGAAUAGCCAUCAAAAACUGCCGAGACGAGUUUGCACUCCUAAAGAAAAAUGUAAGUACUUCACCUUCUAGAUGAUUUUUAAUUGUAUUUCUGCCUAGAGCCGAGGUAUUAAAUACCUUGUCACUUGAGGAUGGUCAAAGUUGUGUUGGGAAACGGAAUUCUUCACUCGGCUGUAAGAAAUUCAGCUGGCCCAAGACUAACUUCAAGAUUAAAAAAAAAUCAUGUUUGUAAUAACGGUCCAGGAUUGUUUGUCCUGAAUUUUAAACUUUUUGUUAAAUUUGUGGAACUAUGGAGGAAUUUUCUAGAAAAAGUGAAAUAAAGUAAGAUGGAAAAGUAAAA